AUGGCGCACGGCGGGCCACGCGUGUCCGCCGCUGCCGCUCCGCGCGGGGCUGCCCGGCUGCCGCCGCUGCUGCUUCUGCUGCUUCUGCUGCCGUCGCUGCUGGGCGCCGCCGCCGCGCCGCGCUGCGCGGAGCCCUGCGGCCGCCCGAGCCCUGUAGCCCUGACCCGCGGGGCGCGCAGCCCGCCGGAGCCGCGGCGCGCCGGCGGGGCGGCGGCGGGGAGCGGCCGAUCCCGGAGAGCAUCCUUGGCGGCCGGCCGGGAGCAGGUCUCCCUCAUCAGCACCUCCUUCGUGCUGAAAGGGGACGCGUCUCACAACCAGGCGAUGGUGCACUGGACGGGCGAGAACAGCAGCGUGAUCCUGAUCCUUACCAAGUAUUACCAUACUGACAUGGGGAAAGUUCUGGAGAGCUCUUUGUGGAGGUCUUCAGAUUUUGGGACUUUAUACACCAAGUUGAAUCUACAGCCUGGGAUUGCCACUGUUAUUGACAAUUUCUACAUUUGUUCCACCAACAAAAAGAAGAUAAUUCUUGUAAGUUCUUCCCAUAAUGACCGUGACCAAAGCCUUUUCAUAAGCACAGAUGAAGGAGCCACUUUCCAGAAACAGCCCAUUGCUUUCUUUGUGGAAACUCUCCUUUUUCACCCAAAAGAAGAAGAUAAAGUACUUGCUUAUACCAAGGAAGGCAAGAUUUAUGUAUCUAUUGACUUGGGGAAAAAAUGGAACCUUCUGCAGGAACGAGUUUCUAAAGAUCAUUUCUUUUGGGCUGUUGCUGGUGUUGAUGGGGACCUUGAUUUAGUUCAUAUGGAAAUCCAGGACCCCAGUGGAGGUUAUCGCUACAUCACUUGCCAGAUUCAAAAUUGUUCUGAUAAGACAAUGACAGUCCCAUUUGUUGGCAGCACUGAUCGGGAUUCCCUGACUGUGCAGGAUGACUACAUAUUUCUUCAGACAACAUCAGCAAACAGGACCAAGUAUUACGUGUCUUACCGUCGAAAUGGCUUUGUACAGAUGAAGUUGCCAAAAUACGCAUUGCCAAAAGACUUACAGAUAAUCAGUACAGAUGAAAACCAGGUGUUUGUGGCUGUACAGGAGUGGUACCAGACAGACACAUACAACCUGUACCAGUCUGACCCACAAGGUGUUUAUUACUCCAUCUUGCUGGAGAAUGUCCGGAGCACGAAGCAGCCAGAAGAGAAUGUCCUGAUAGAUAUUCUGGAGGUCAGAGGUGUAAAAGGAGUCUUUUUGGCCAACCAGAAAAUUGAUGGGAAAGUUACAACUCUGAUAACCUACAACAAAGGCCGUGACUGGGAUUUCCUAAACCCUCCAGACAUCGAUAUGAAUGGCAAACCAACCAACUGCAAACCUCCUGAUUGUUACCUUCACCUCCAUCUCCGGUGGGCAGACAAUCCCUACGUGUCAGGCACAGUGCACACCAAGGACACUGCACCAGGGCUCAUAAUGGGGGCAGGUAACCUGGGGUCCCAGCUGGUUGAGUAUAAAGAAGAGAUGUACAUAACAUCUGACUGUGGGAACACGUGGCGUCAGGUUUUUGAAGAAGAGCACCACAUCUUGUACUUGGACCAUGGUGGAGUUAUUGUGGCUAUCAAAGACACCUCUAUCCCUCUGAAAAUACUCAAGUUCAGCAUAGAUGAAGGCCAGACCUGGAGCACACAUAAUUUUACCAGCACUUCUGUCUUUGUAGAUGGACUACUUAGUGAACCCGGAGAUGAGACACUGGUCAUGACAGUCUUUGGACAUAUCAGCUAUCGUUCGGACUGGGAACUGGUGAAGGUGGACUUCAGACCAUCCUUCCCCAGGGAGUGCACUGAUGAAGACUAUGAGUCUUGGGAGCUCACAAAUCUACAGGGUGAUCGUUGCAUCAUGGGCCAGCAGAGAAGCUUUCGAAAAAGGAAGAUUUCAUCAUGGUGCAUUAAAGGGAAAAGUUUCACAUCAGCUCUCACAUCCAAAGUUUGUGAAUGUGUGAACACUGAUUUCUUAUGUGAUUAUGGGUUUGAGCGCUCUGCACCUCUGAAGUCAGAGUCGAGCAAAUGCUUUGCUGACUUUUGGUUUAACCCAGAAGCACCUCCUGAAGACUGUGUGUUGGGGCAGGCAUACACCAGCAGCACUGGGUAUAGGAAAGUUGUUUCUAAUGUGUGUGAAGGUGGAGUAGACCUGCAGCAGAACUUAGCACACCAUAUGUGCCCACUCACUGCUCCCAAGGGACUUCAGAUCAGCAUCAGAGGAGAAAGUCUGGCUGUUAGGCCUGGGGAAGACAUCACCUUCAUUGUCCAACAAGAGCAGGGUGAUGUAUUGAGUACCAAAUACCAGGUAGAUCUUGGAGAUGGCUUUAAGGCGAUAUAUGUGAACCUGACGAUGACUGGAGAGCCCAUCCGUCACCGCUACGAGAAUCCUGGGAUUUACCGUGUGUCAGUGAAGGCUGAGAAUGUGGCUGGGCAUGAUGAGGCUGUGGUGUUCGUCCAAGUCAACUCUCCACUCCAGGCUUUGAAUUUAGAAGUGGUUCCAGUCAUUGGGAGAAACCAGGAGGUGAAUCUGACAGCCAUCAUACUGCCUAGGAACCCAAAUUUAACAGUUUUCUACUGGUGGAUAGGAAACAAUCUUCAGCCACUGCUUACAUUGGAGAGUUUUCUGGUGACAACGUUUGCUGAGACAGGCGAUGUCAGAGUUACAGUGCAAGUUUCCUGUGGGAGCUCUAUGCUUCAGGACUCAAAAGUUGUCCAUGUUUUUGAUCAUUUUCAUGUUCUUCCUCUGAAGUUUACUAAGCACCUGGACAUGUACAACCCCGACAUACCAGAGUGGAGGGAAGACAUUGGGCGGGUUGUGACGCGACUUCUUGCAAAGGAGACCAGCAUACCUGAGGAAACACUCAUGACAGUUGUGAAACCUGGUCUGCCCACAGCUGCUGACUUGCAUGUGCUACUACCAGCAAAUCAACCAAAAAAGAAGAGAAGCAUAACUAGUGAUAAGAGAAUAGCAGCUAUAAAGCAGGCCCUGAAUGCACACAACAUCAGUUUCUUUCUGAGGGGAGGAUACUGGGUCUUAGUGACUUUAGCUGACUCCGGUUCAGACUCUCAAAGGAUUGGAGGAGGCAGCGGCUACUGGGCUAUUGUUGUUCUCUUUGUUAUUUGUCUAGUUGCAGUCGGGGCUUUCAUCCUCUACAAGUUCAAAAGGAAACUGCCAGGCAGAAAUGUCUACGCCCAGAUGCACAAUGAAAAAGAGCAGGAGAUGACAAGCCCUGUUAAUCACAGUGAGGACACCCAGAACAUCAUCCAGGGUGAGGAGUUUAUUGAUGAUGAUCUGGACUCUCAAACACUAGGUAACGCAAGAGUGACUCCUUCUGGGAGAAGUGGCAACUUGAACAGCUACAGAGUUCCCUUAUUGCUGAUGCCGGUCAGUGUCCAGUCCCAGGCAAUCACUCAGGCGUGGUUUUGA